ACUUCAGCAGCUUCUACAGAUGUGACCACAUCCACCGGCUGGCCAGAAGCGAGCACGUCAAUAGCUUCUCCGGACAAGACCACAUCAACAGUGUCUCCAGAUGUGACCCCAUCAACAUCAUAUCCAGACAGGACCACAUCAGCUGCUUCUCCAGAUGUGACCACAUCAACUGCCUGGCCAGAAGCGAGCAUGUCAACAGCUUCUCCGGACAUGACCACAUCAACAGUAUUUCCAGACAGGACCACUUCAGCAGCUUCUCCAAAAGUGACCACAGCAACAGCGUCUCCAGACACCAGCACAUCAACAACUCCAGACGUGACCACAUCAAGAGCCUCUCCAGAUGCAAACACAUCAACAGCGGACUUGACCACAUCAACAGUAUCUCCAGACAGGACCACAUUAACAGUGUCUCCAGACACCAGCAUAUCAACAGCUUCUCCAGAUAUGACCACAUCAACAAUGUCUCCUCCAGAUGGGACCACAUCAACUCCCUGGCCAGAAGCAAGCACGUCAACAGCUUCUCCGGACAUGACCACAUCAACAGUGUCUCCAGAUGGGACCACAUCAGCAGCAUCUUCAGAAGUGACCACAUUAACAGUGUCUCCAGAAACCAGCACAUCAACAGCUUACCCAGAUGCAAGCACAUCAACGGCUUCUCCAGACACGUUAACAGUGUCUCCAGAUGGGACCACAUCAGCAGCUGCUCCAGAUAUGAGCACAUCACCAGCUUCUCCAGAUGUGACCACAUCCACUGCCUGGCCAGAAGCGAGCACAUUAACAGCUUCUCCAGAUGUGACCAUAUCAACGGUGUCUCCAGACGUGACCACAUCAACAAAGUCUCCAGACGGGACCACAUCAACAUCAUCUCCAGAUGGGACCACAUCAACAGAAUCUCUAGAAGGGACCACAUCAACAGCCUGGGCAGAUGCAAGCACAUCAACAGCUUCUCCAGACAUGAGCACGUCAACAGUGUCUUCAGACAUGAUCACCUCAACAGCUUCUCCAGAUGCGACCACAUCAACAGUGUCUCCAGACGGGACCACAUUAACAGUGUUUCCAGACACCAGUACAUCAACAGCUUCUCCAGAUGUGAGCACAUCAACAUCUUCUCCAGGCAGGACCACAUUCACAGUGUCUCCAGACACCAGCACAUCAACAGCUUCUCCAGAUAUGACCACAUCAACAGUGUCUCCAGAUAUGACCACAUCAGCAUCGUCUCCAGCUGGGACCACAUCAUCAGCUGUUCCAGACGCGACCACAUCAACCACUUCUCCAGACGUGACCACAUCAACAGAGUCUCCAGAAGGCACCACAUCAACAGCCUGGCCAGACGCAAGCACAUCAACAGCUUCUCCAGACAUGAGCACAUCAACAUUGUCUCCAGACAUGAUCACAUCAACAGCUUCUCCAGAUGUGACCACAUACCACAUCAACAGUGUCUCCAGAUGUGACCCCAUCAACAUCAUAUCCAGACAGGACCACAUCAGCUGCUUCUCCAGAUGUGACCACAUCAACUGCCUGGCCAGAAGCGAGCAUGUCAACAGCUUCUCCGGACAUGACCACAUCAACAGUAUUUCCAGACAGGACCACUUCAGCAGCUUCUCCAAAAGUGACCACAGCAACAGCGUCUCCAGACACCAAUGGGACCACAUCAACUCCCUGGCCAGAAGCAAGCACGUCAACAGCUUCUCCGGACAUGACCACAUCAACAGUGUCUCCAGAUGGGACCACAUCAGCAGCAUCUUCAGAAGUGACCACAUUAACAGUGUCUCCAGAAACCAGCACAUCAACAGCUUACCCAGAUGCAAGCACAUCAACGGCUUCUCCAGACACGUUAACAGUGUCUCCAGAUGGGACCACAUCAGCAGCUGCUCCAGAUAUGAGCACAUCACCAGCUUCUCCAGAUGUGACCACAUCCACUGCCUGGCCAGAAGCGAGCACAUUAACAGCUUCUCCAGAUGUGACCAUAUCAACGGUGUCUCCAGACGUGACCACAUCAACAAAGUCUCCAGACGGGACCACAUCAACAUCAUCUCCAGAUGGGACCACAUCAACAGAAUCUCUAGAAGGGACCACAUCAACAGCCUGGGCAGAUGCAAGCACAUCAACAGCUUCUCCAGACAUGAAUGUGACCACAUCCACCGGCUGGCCAGAAGCGAGCACGUCAAUAGCUUCUCCGGACAAGACCACAUCAACAGUGUCUCCAGAUGUGACCCCAUCAACAUCAUAUCCAGACAGGACCACAUCAGCUGCUUCUCCAGAUGUGACCACAUCAACUGCCUGGCCAGAAGCGAGCAUGUCAACAGCUUCUCCGGACAUGACCACAUCAACAGUAUUUCCAGACAGGACCACUUCAGCAGCUUCUCCAAAAGUGACCACAGCAACAGCGUCUCCAGACACCAGCACAUCAACAACUCCAGACGUGACCACAUCAAGAGCCUCUCCAGAUGCAAACACAUCAACAGCGGACUUGACCACAUCAACA